CCAACUACUUUGAAACCAGAACAAAACAUCAUUACUGACUUGGGUUUAGAUUCAUUAGAUGCUGUUGAAUAUUUGGUUGCUGUUGAAGAAGAAUUCGAUAUUGAAAUGGAUGAAAACUCAGCUAACCAAUUGAAAACUGUUGGUCAAAUUGUUGAAUAUAUAAUCAACAAUCCAGAUGCUAAUUAG